AGAGUUGCAAUGUGCAUUGAGUAUUCUGUUGAGAAACAGACUUGAAAGCUACGUAGGGCAGCAAAAAGGAAAGCUUUAAAUUAGUAGGCUUUUUAGUUCGCUGGUAAAAUGAGGGCUUGGAUAGUGUACAAUGGGAUGUGGAGCCUUUUGCCCUAAAGUGUCUGAACUACAAGAAGAAGGAAUCAAUGCCAUUAAUCUACCACUCAGCCCAAUUCCUUUUGAACUAGAUCCUGAAGAUACUAUGCUAGAGGAGAAUGAAGUCCGGACAAUGAUAGAUCCCAAUUCAAGAAGUGAUCCAAAAUUACAGGAGCUGAUGAAGGUGCUAAUUGACUGGAUUAAUGAUGUACUAGUGGGAGAAAGAAUCAUUGUAAAAGACCUUGCUGAAGACAUGUAUGAUGGACAAGUGCUGCAGAAACUCUUUGAGAAGCUGGAGAGUGAGAAACUCAAUGUUGCCGAAGUCACACAGUCUGAAAUAGCUCAGAAACAGAAGUUGCAGACAGUCCUUGAAAAGAUCAAUGAAACCCUUAAACUUCCUCCGAGGAGCAUCAAGUGGAAUGUUGACUCUGUCCACGCAAAAAGCCUAGUUGCAAUACUACACCUUUUGGUUGCAUUGUCACAGUACUUUCGGGCCCCAAUCAGACUGCCAGAUCACGUGUCUAUUCAAGUUGUGGUUGUCCAGAAACGUGAAGGGAUCCUCCAGUCCCGACAAAUCCAAGAGGAAAUAACUGGCAACACAGAGGCAUUGUCAGGACGGCAUGAACGAGAUGCAUUUGAUACACUGUUUGAUCAUGCUCCAGAUAAACUCAAUGUUGUGAAAAAGACGCUCAUCACUUUUGUGAAUAAACACCUGAAUAAGCUGAAUUUGGAAGUUACAGAACUGGAAACCCAGUUUGCAGAUGGUGUAUAUCUGGUGCUCCUGAUGGGUCUUCUUGAAGGCUAUUUUGUGCCUCUUCACAGCUUUUUCUUGACUCCUGAUAGUUUUGAACAAAAGGUGCUCAAUGUGUCCUUUGCGUUUGAACUAAUGCAAGAUGGAGGGCUGGAAAAACCAAAGCCAAGGCCAGAAGACAUUGUGAAUUGUGACUUGAAGUCCACUCUGAGAGUGUUAUACAAUCUCUUCACCAAAUACAGAAAUGUAGAAUGAAGACAUCCGUUGGGUUGCCAGUAGUGGCUAUUAAUUAAUCAACCGAAAGAUGACUUUUCUUUUACAGUUAACCUUUCUCAGCUACCACCCUGCCACACACACUUCGUUUUUUAAUGGCGUACUUCUCAGAAUAUUCUUGUAUAAUUUCUUUUGCAUAGAAUAUUUUAGUCCCAACUCUUUGAAAUUUUGUAAAGUAAACACUUGAAAAGAGAUACAGAGAUUGCUACUGAGGGACUCAUCCUUGC